CAUGCUACAUAUAAGGCGCUCUCAUUGGUCUCAGAUUACGCAGGGAUUUCCUCCUCCUCCCUUUGUCCUCGCAGGAGCUUCCAUCCCUCAGCCUCCGGUCUAGUCUUCGUCUUCCCGUCUUACGCCAUGCUUGACGGUGCUGCCUCUGCUUCCGCUACUACUACUUCCGCGUCACACAGUAGCACAGCUUCGUCUUCUGGCGGUGGUAGCGGUCAAAAAACUGUUUCACCUGACAAGGCUCUGAGGCUCGCCAGAGCCAAGGGUUACCCGAGGGAGGUCUGGUAUUUUGUCGCCUGCUUCAUCUUUCUGGUAUCGCUUUUCCAAUUCGGUUCAUGGGUUGUGAACAAGCUCUCGAAACGGAGGGCGCGGAAGACGGAUACAGAGGCUGGUGCCGAUACUUCGAGGGGCCGUUUCUCUGUGCGGAACAUCCCCGUCGCUAUGGUCAACGCGUACAGGGUGAUCGCUUUCCGUUUAACCCUCAACAUCGGUAGCUCGUACACGCUCAAUAUGGCUGAGGUAUUUGUAUCGUGUGCCUAUUUCGCCGCACUUUUCAUUUGGGAGUUCAUCAACACCACGGAUCUCGAAGGGAUGAAAUGCGACCUCUCCUACUGGGGCAAUAGGGCCGCAACCAUCGCUUCGGCUCAGCUACCUUUGGUCACCGCCCUCGGGACCAAGAACAAUGCUGUAUCUUGUGGAACGUCGCAGCUCAACUAUGUACAUCGCAUGACAGCGCGGGUUAUCUGCGCGCUGUUAUGGGUGCACGCCGGCAACAAAGAGACAAUUCUCUUACGUAGCCUUAACUGGGAUCGCCAGCCGUCGUACUUCAUCCCGGCUGGCUUAGCGGCUAUAAUAGCCCUCACCGUCUUGUGCAUCUUGUCUAUUCGCCCUGUGCGAAACAAUGCCUACGAGUUCUUCUUCGUAACCCACUUCCUCAUGAUCGGGGUUUUUCUCAUCGGAGGCUACUUCCACGCUGACGUCGAGGAGCUCGGGGCGUACAUCUGGCCGUCGUUCCUUGUCUGGGCGCUCGAUCGAUUCAUCAGGGUCGUACGCGUCAUCUGGGCCAACCACCUCUACUUCUCGUGGUCGGGCAAGCGGGCGCACCUCGACGCGGAUGUCGAGCUUCUGUCCCCUCACUUCCUCCGCGUGCGAAUCGCGCGGCCGGCGCACUUCCACUGGAGCCCCGCUCAAACGGCGUAUUUGGUCAUGCCCACGGUCUCGCGGUUGCCGACGGAGUCCCAUCCGUUUACGAUCGCCAGUAUUGAGGGCCAGGAUACGAAGGUGCUGGGCGAGGACGCGCCGUACUGGAACGAGCUGGUGUUCUUGAUCAACGUUCGCGAUGGAUUCACUAAGCGCCUCGCCAAGGUGGCUGAGACGGGGAAGAAGGUCAAGUCGCGCACUGUACCCACUACUGGGCGCUGUCAAUGUGGCUCCGGCGUGACAUUCACGCUACCGACUCUGCUGGGUAUCGUAAACGAUGUCCGUGCUGGCAAAAGCAGGUGUACUAAGGUCGUAUUCAUCUGGGCUAUCCGUGAUCAGAGCCACUCCGAAUGGAUCUCCAAGGCAUUGAAGCAGGUGUUGGAGCUCACCCCACCGUCCCUCAAAAUCUUCAUUCAAAUCUACGUGACUGCAGGCGAGCCCCCAGUGACGAGCGAGAAGGCGUAUGACGACGACUCGGUCCACAACAGCUCCGGUAGUGAGGACAAGGGUACGCCUGCCGCGUCUCUCUCCGACUUCACUGCGGUCUCGUUCAACACGGGCCGCCCGGAUCUGCGUGCUAUCCUCCGCGACGAGGUUGCGGUCACUACGGGCCGCAUGUCUGUCACAGUGUGCGGUUCUCAGGCCAUUGCUCGCGAUUGUCGUGCCGCGCUACGGUUCCCAGUCUCUGGCCCCUCGGAGACGUUGAAGGGCGGAGCGGAUGUGAUCCUUCAUGUCGAGUCGUUCGGCUACGCUUAAGCACUGUGGACAUCAGACGAUUCUCCGGCUCACGAAUAGAUAGGGAGGCAGCACUCAAAUUUCCGGCGCGUAAGUUUCUGGGAUGCCCGUUCUGCUCACGUUCACAACGAUAGAGGACGAACGUCGUGCUGUAAUUGCUUUCUUGUAGCAUGAGUAGCAAACGAUUGUAGCGAAGUAGUGUGUACAUUGAUCUAGAAAGCAGUCAAUAAAACGCAUACUCGAUGUAUCAUCCAACGCUCUGUUCUCACCCGCUCGAUUUGGGGUGGCAGUAGCUCAACGACUGUACUCGAGAUAACCAACCAGAAGAAUUUGAG